GAGCGUAGGUUUCCGUGUAAUGUGGAGGAACUGACCCAAACGACGCACUAUUCCACAAGAUACCUCAGGAGGGCGCUGUUUCUACCAGGACGUGGUCUGCAGGCCACUUGACUAAAAAGGGGCCGGCUGUGUAUACAAGUCUGUCCUCCCAUUCAUGCAGUGGGUAGCAGUCCCCGCCGAGUCGCCAGCCAGGCCGUGUCACAUCCUCGCCAAAACAGAAAGCUCUGUUCUCUAAUACGGUUGGAAAGGGUUGUGACCCUGUAAGGUAGUAGCCACCAUGGCAGAAGCUCACCAGGCGGUGGCCUUCCAGUUCACCGUUACCCCUGAUGGUAUUGAUCUCCAGCUGUGCCACGAGGCUCUACGCCAGAUCUACCUCUCUGGUCUCCACUCCUGGAAAAAAAGGUUCAUUCGCUUCAAGAAUGGGGUAAUGACUGGUGUGUACCCGGGCAGUCCUGCUGGCUUCAUGGUAGUGGUUGUGUCCUACAUGUCCUACAAUAAAUAUAAACAGCUGGAUCCCUCUCUGGGGUUGAUUGCCAAACUGGGUCAACACAUACCCAUCAGUCGAUACAUGUCCACAGACAGCCAGAGGAUAGUAGGAGGAGUUCUGGUGGGCACGGGCCUGUGGGUCACCAUAAUUAUGGUUAUGAGGAAUGUCCUAAAGUGCCUGUUGUCAUGGCAUGGCUGGAUGCAGGCUCGCCAUGGUACUGUGUCCUGGUCUGUUCGACUGUGGAUGUUAUUAGUGAAGGUCUUCUCUGGCAGGAAGCCAAUGCUCUACAGUUUCCAGAACUCUUUGCCACGGCUACCUGUUCCCAGUAUCAAGGACACCUGCAGAAGGUACCUGGAGUCAGUGCGCCCACUGAUGGAUGAUGAGAAGUAUGAACGGAUGGAGGGCUUGACUAAAGACUUUGAGAAGAACCUGGGACCCAGAUUGCAGUGGUACCUCAAACUCAAGUCCUGGUGGGCCUCCAACUACGUCAGUGACUGGUGGGAAGAGUAUAUUUACCUUCGAGGCCGUGGGCCCAUCAUGGUAAACAGCAACUAUUAUGCCAUGGAUUUCCUGUAUGUGUACCCCACCUCCAACCAGGCUGCCAGGGCAGGCAAUGCAAUCCAUGCUAUCAUGCUCUACAGGAGAAAACUGGACAGAGCUCAGAUCAAACCAACAUACUUGCUGGAUAACAGGAUUCCUCUGUGUUCGGCUCAAUGGGAGCAGAUGUUUAACACCACCCGCGUUCCUGGUUUGGAGACAGACACCCUUCAGCACGUGAACGAAAGCAAACACAUAGCUGUGUACCAUAAGGGUCGUUUCUUCAAAGUGUGGAUGUUUUAUGAUGGACGGCUACUGUUGCCACGGGAGAUAGAGCAGCAGAUGGAGAGGAUCUUGGCCGACCAGUCGGAGCCAUUGCCAGGAGAGGAGAAGCUCGCCGCACUUACUGCAGGGGAAAGGACACCAUGGGCCAAAGCUCGUGAAACCUACUUUGCCCGAGGUAAGAACAAGCAAUCACUGGACGCCAUUGAAAAGGCAGCCUUCUGUGUCACCCUCGAUGACACCGAGCAGUGCUACGAUACAGACAACCCAGUCAAGUCUCUGGACAGCUAUGCCAAGUCCCUCCUCCAUGGAAAGUGCUACGACAGGUGGUUUGAUAAAACCUUUAACCUGAUCGUUUUCAAGAAUGGCACCAUGGGUCUGAACGCAGAGCAUUCCUGGGCAGAUGCUCCAAUCGUUGGCCAUCUGUGGGAGCAUGUUCUUUCCAUGGACCCUAUAAAGUUGGGAUAUAAUGAGGAUGGUCACUGCCGUGGGGAGCCUCACCCCAACCUGCCAGGUCCUCUAAAGCUGUCAUGGGACAUCCCUGCUGAGUGCCAGGAGGUCAUCGAGAGCUCUCUGACAUUAGCCAGAACUCUGGCUGAUGACGUGGAUUCUCACAUUUUCCCCUUCAAAGACUUUGGCAAGGGUCUGAUAAAGAAGUGCCGCACCAGUCCUGAUGCCUUUAUCCAGAUCGCCCUACAGCUGGCCCAAUACAGGGACAAAGGCAAGUUCUGCCUGACAUACGAAGCCUCCAUGACACGUUUGUUCCGUGAGGGCCGAACAGAAACUGUGCGCUCCUGCACCAUGGAGACUUGUGCCUUUGUUCGUGCCAUGAUGAGAGACGAGACAAGAGAAGAGCGUCUCAGGUUGCUCAAGGUGGCUGCAGAGAAGCACCAAAACAUGUACCGCCUGGCAAUGACAGGAGACGGUAUCGAUCGCCACCUUUUCUGUCUCUAUGUAGUUUCCAAAUACCUGGGAGAAGACUCACCCUUCCUCAAGGAGGUCCUGUCUGAGCCGUGGAGGCUGUCCACCAGUCAGACGCCCAUGCAGCAGGUUGAACUGUUCGAUCUGGUCAGACACCCCGAGUUGGUGUCCUCCGGAGGGGGAUUUGGUCCAGUGGCUGAUGAUGGUUAUGGUGUCUCCUACAUUAUUGUUGGCGAGAACCUCAUCAACUUCCACAUCUCCAGCAAACAUUCAAGCCCAGAAACAGACUCCCAUCGUUUUGGCAGCAACAUCAGACAGGCCAUGCUUGACAUCCUGGAUCUCUUCCAGCUCGACAAGAAAACCAAGUGAUUGUCCUCUCCAUGGGUAUAUUAAACAUAAAAAGUUGUUUUCAGCGAGAAACGUAUUUGUCCUCAAGCUUGUACAGAAUCAAAUAUUGGACUUUGGGGUAUUUAAGGUUAAUUGUUACGGAAAUUACAGAAAUAAGGGUGAUUGAUAGGAAUUUGUCACUAUAUUUGUGAGGCGUUCAUGUGUACUGUAUAUCAUAAGCAAGGGGAGAUUCUGGUGUUAUUGGGUACAGGUAGUGCACAGAUCAAAGUUUUUAUUCACAGGACUGUUUCAAGGGUGCCUCAGUGACCCGCUUACACAAAAAAGGACAGAAAGGGAAGAGGAAAAUGAAAGAUCUAGUCUGAUAUCAAGUCUGUAUCACCACAUUAAGAGACAUUUCAGCUAAAGGAUUGUUCAGUAGCGUCAUGCAAUAUUUGACUCACAUUUUAAGUUGAGAGAUGGAGCAAUAUUUUUACUAGUUUUUGUCCCAAUUUUGAAAAUCCUAUGACUUCUUUUAGUUUUUUUUUUGGCUUCUUCUGGUCUUUCCAAUUGCAGCACCUGACUCAUGUGUAACUAGCCAAAGCAGCAAACAUGAAGUUUAAUAUCAUCAACAAAUUGGCAUUUUGCUUUUUAUUAAUUUUAUAUGGCUCGGCCUAAGCACUAGGUCUGAUUUGCUAGGCUAAACUAUUGUCUCCAGUAAUCUUUUACCUAUGGAGCCAGCUGAUCUAUGAAUAUAUGAAUAACAAAUAUUCAGCUUUGAAGUGGAAAAUGUAUCCGUGUGAUCCUGGAUACGGACACAGAAAACUAAGGAGCCACUUUCUAAUCAAUAGAUCAACAUUGCCACAAUACAGAAUGUCGAUAUUGCGGCAAUAUUGUGCAGUACAUAUUGCAUAUGUACUGCAGUACAUAUACAAUAUAAUUUACACCGAGGAGUCUCGGGGCCGACAGAUCAUUUUGUACGUGUUUGUCGUUUUCAUACUCAGGUUUUGCUAACUUGGCCUAGUAUUGUAGGGUAUCGGAAGAUUAGCGCUUAUGUCGCCGUGCACAUGUGCAACAGUAGAAGAAAUUGAAAUGCAGAACAAUGCCUUGUGAUCCCGAUGAGCUGGUUGGGGGUGUAACAGUAAAGGUUUUCAGUGAAAGUAUGGCAGUGCGAAGCUGACAGUGACCUUUGUUAUGUUACUUGUGUUUAAAAAAAAAAAAAUGGGUCAACUGUACUUAUAACUCUGUUAUGCACUCCGCGACUGGUCCUUUAGUUCAAACUAACCAAUUCCUAGCUCCAUCGGCAGCCUUUUAUCAGAUCAAGAUGGAUUGUAAACUUUUUAUGAGCAAAGAAGUUGUCAGUUACAGGCAUAGAGGCAUUUUAACUGUCAAUAUGAGGUGCAGUAUAGUAGUAAAUAGUUUUUCUGAGAGUAAUGCUUAGGAAGUCCAGAUAUAGAAGGGUUGUCACAUAGGAAUCCAUUUCCGAAAUGUAUACGUGUGAGUUCAUUAUAUUAUUUAUUUUUUUCUCCAUGUUUUAACCUCUAUUCACAAAACAGACAUGCAUAUUUACCAGCUGAUUGUGGCUAACGAUGAGCAAAAUGCCUCCUUUUUUUGAAAUGACUGUGUCAUCGCUUGAUAUCACAGACUUUGCCAGUAUGUUGUAGUUGAAUGACCUCUUAUCUCAGUAGACCUCAUGUUUACACUGCUGCAUGGUUUUUGAAGAUGAAGCUGUAUAUGUUUGCCUUUUAAUUUAAAGAUGGUGUAAAAAGGCAGGCAGCUGAUAUACCAAAAUGAGUUUUAACAAUAAAGUGAAUGUCCGACA